GUGAAAUAUUUACGUCUGUUGGAAGGGGGUUUGUGGUUGUUUUCAUAAACUAGCUAGUAAACCAUAGCAUAUCAGGCAAGCCUCAGAACACAGCGGGGUUAUGUUGCUUCUAACGCUCCUUUUUGUGUCCUCAGCUUUGGCUAUCCCUUUGCUGGAUACGGAGCAAUGUGCCCGUGGAGCCUCUUACUGGUGUCGGAAUGUGAGGACUGCGUCCCUGUGCGGUGCUGUGACUCAUUGCCAGCAGAACGUCUGGAGCAAACCCCAGAUGAAAACCGUGCCAUGCAAUUUAUGUAAGGAGGUGAUUAUGGUGAUCUCGCAUAUUUUGAAAGACAAUGCGACCGAGGCUGAAGUUCUCGGCUACAUGGAGAAAGGCUGCCAACUCAUUCCUGAUCAAGGUUUGAGUGCAGAAUGCAAGGAGAUUGUUGACAAUUAUUACCCAUUCGUCAUGGGAAUCAUCCUGGAAGCGCUCGACGAUCCUGGGGUUGCUUGUGGAGCUAUUGGCUUGUGUCGCUCGAAGCUGAUGUUUCAGGACCAGCCCCUGUCAAAUGAGAUACCACAGGUUGACCUCUCCCAGCCAAUGACACCGUUCCUGCUUAAUGUGCCUGGGCUCCUGUACCCACAAGAAAUUACCAAACCAGAAACUUCAGUCAAAAGUAGUGAUGUUCUUUGCCAGGACUGCAUCAAGUUAAUGACCGAUGCACAAGCGGCACAAAAGGCCAACUCCUCAUUUGUAGAUGAUCUAAUUGCGAAGUUUGAGGACAACUGUGAACAGAUGGGGCCUGGUCUGUCAGACUUAUGCAAGGAGUAUAUUGGCCAAUAUGGCAGCCUUGUUUUUCAGAAGAUCAUGUCCAUGGAUCCCAAAGAUUUUUGUUGCAGUGUUGGCUUCUGUAAUUCUGUUAAAAACUCCGCUCCCAUGUUGAAGUUGCAGGCUGCCAAAAUUGUACCGGCUGCCAAAACCUUGCCCGCUCUCAGUCUUGUUCCUGCCAUCAAAGUAGAAUCUGCAAAACUCGCCAAACCCAUGGUCCGUCUUCAGGAUUCCCCAACUUGUGCAAUCUGUGAGUUUGUGAUGAAGCAGUUAGAAAGCAUGUUGGAAGAUCAUGCAACUGAAGAGGAAGUGAUUGAAGCUGUGGAAAAAGUUUGUACAUAUUUGCCCUCUAGCUUGACUGCUCAGUGCAAGGACCUGAUCCAGACCUACGGGGAGGCAAUCAUUGAUCUGCUGGUGAAGCAGGCUGAUCCCAAGGCUGUUUGCACAAUGUUGGCAUUCUGCAAAGAGGCCACACAUGCAUAAUGUUGGCAUAGAAGAGGAUCAGCACCUACUGACAACUUCAAGGAAAAUGAAUACCAACCUCAACCAUACUAAUUUGUAAAAACGGACCGUUUCCUGCUUUUGGGCAAGGGUGGGGCUUAAUUACAUAAAUUUACUUCCUGUAAACAAGCCUGUGCCUGAUUAAAUGUAGAAAUUCAUGUUACAUUUCAUAAAGUUAGAGCGUAAAGAGCUGGUAUGGAUUUUUUUCCUUGAUUUAUGAAAAUUGACAGACAUCUAACAAUUAGCACCACUUCUGAUUCUAAAACAUUUUUCUAAUUUUAUAUGUUUUACUGUUUUUUUUUUGUUUGUUUGUUUUUUUGUAAUGACAUGUCCAUGAGUGCUACUUCCAUUAUUUGCAUGUAUUGCUGUUUGUAACUUGUCAUUUUCAUGCCGAGCAGUUUUUGUUCCACUUCAUAUAGGCUAUUUGGAAAUUGAUCUGAACAUAACUAUUAAAGGUCUCAUACCAUUAAAA